AUGCCGGUGCGGAUAGGCCUCGCGGACAAGGGAUCGCAAAGCCGGGGGGCUAUCGUGCGAAAUGACGACGCCAGCAGCUUCACGAUACUGCAUGCCUGCCUCUGGCUGCUGUUGGCCGGCGUGGCGGCACCUGUCUUUUUCUGGCCGGAUCACACGAUUGCGCAUGUGGAUGAUCUCUUUUUCAUACCCUGGGCUGCGGAAUAUGCCACGACAGGAAAUCACGGCAAUCCACUGCUAGCAGUUCAGUUUCCCGGACUUGAAAACUAUCAUCUUUAUACCCGCUUCCAUCUGAUCCUUUCCGGCUUGUUCCUGGAUCAGUUCGGUGUCAGCAGACAAAGCGUCGUUGCUUACGAGUAUCUUUGCUUCCUGCUGACGACGCUUGCUUUCACGGCCCUGUGCCUGGCCAUCAGAUUGCCGAAAGCCGCACUGGUCGCGCCGCUGUUACUCGUCCCAACCUAUGUCGUGACCGGGUUCCGGCUUGAGGUCACUGCCUGUGUCUUCUGGAUGUUGGGCCUCUCCCUGUUGUUCUGGGCUGCAAGACUGAAGGACGCCGGAGGGGCGGAUUUGCAGGUAUCCUGUCUCAGGACACUGGCGAAGCUGGCCUUGGUCUUUGCACCACUGGCCUCACCAGCUCUCUUCGCCUGGGGCCUCGGCGCUAUUGUUGUUCACGACAUCUGGAGGUUCGUGUUCCGGGAAGCAAAGAUCGUUGCAUUGUUCUUCGAAAAUGCCGUCGCGCUUGCUCUGGGACUGGUGAUCUUUUCGCUCAGCAUCGACUUUCAGUAUCGCGAGUUCGUCGACCAGAUCGUCUUCCAUGCAGCAAGGUCGACCGGACACGGGAUCAAUGAUGAGGCGCUUGGCAGGGCGGCGAUAUUUGCCGUUGUCGGAGCUGCGCUGACAAGAUGGUCGCGCCCUGCCGCGCUUGUCUGCCUGCUAUUGUCCGCCGGUCAGGGACUUGCUGCAUUUCUUCACGACAAGGUUCUGGUACGCAAUCUCGCUGCGAGCAUGGUUUUUCUGGUGGCGCUCGACGCAGUCACGAGGAAACGGUUCCAGAGAACCGCUUACGUGCUUUACACGCUGGUGUUCCUCGUCCUCACGGCAAAUUUCCUGGUUUUUUAUGUCCUCUCCGAACGUGCGUCGGGCCGGGCUGCAGCAACCCGGGACUACUGGAACGAUAUUGAUGCAGACAACCGGGUCUUCAUCGACGAGACCAUGGCGCAUCACUAUCUCGAUCAUCAGACCCGCGAUGCUGUUUCAUGGACAUGGGGUCGGGAGUUCCCGCUGGCGCGGGCAGAGGAAUUGAACGAAUUGAGAGCUGGUGAAGUCUGGUAUCUGAGCCCCUAUACGCUGUUUGCCUAUCUCAAGGGACACACCGCAAUUGCCAAAGCGCUCGCCGAGGAUGUCGACUACCGGCGAUUGCCCCAGCUUUCCUGCGUCAUGGGUCGGCAUUCCUGCCGCCUUCCGGCGGAACGAUGGACCAUGCUUCGCCUUCAGCGGGAUGAUGACCGGAUCAUCGUGACUGACUACGCGUCUGAUCGCGAGUUUACGGUUCCGGCAAAUUGA